UGGGGCGGGGCCGCGCGGCUGCCGGUGCCGCAGUGCCUGCCGGGAAGGAUGUGAGGCCGCCGGUGGCUGGAGAAAGAGCAGAAGCGGCGGCGGUGGCGGCGGCGACGAAGGCGGCGCGCGCAGGCUCAGUGAUGGCGACCAUGUUGUACCCCCGUGAGGAGAAGCUGGAGAAGAUGAGCCAGGAUGAGAUUGUGUUGGGCACCAAGGCAGUGGUGCAAGGCCUGGAGACACUUCGCACUGAGCACCACUCGCUGCUGGCCGCCCUUCUCGACACCGUCAACCGUCUGGAGCAGCAGCACGAAACUAGCGCUGCCCAGGAGAAGGCCAGCCUCUUGCGCAAAUCUCUGGAAGCCAUCGAGCUGGGCCUUGGGGAGGCUCAGGUGAUCAUUGCCCUCUCCAGUCACCUGAGUGCGGUGGAGUCGGAGAAGCAGAAGCUGCGGGCUCAGGUGCGGCGCCUGGUGCAGGAGAACCAGUGGCUGCGCGAUGAGCUGGCUGGGACCCAGCAGAAGUUGCAGCGGAGCGAGCAGUCCGUGGCCCAGCUGGAGGAGGAGAAGAAGCACCUGGAGUUCAUGAACCAGAUUAAGAAAUUUGAUGAUGAUGUUUCGCCAUCGGAUGAGAAGAAUAGGGAGACAGGCAAAGACUCCUUAGAUGAUCUGUUCCCGAAUGAUGAUGACCAGGGACAAGGGCAGACGCAUGGUAGUGGAGAUGCGGCAGCCCAACAUGGUGGUUAUGAGAUUCCGGCACGGCUGCGGACACUCCACAACCUGGUGAUCCAAUAUGCUUCCCAGGGGCGCUACGAGGUGGCUGUACCACUCUGCAAGCAAGCACUGGAGGAUCUUGAGAAAACCUCAGGACAUGACCACCCUGAUGUGGCUACCAUGCUGAAUAUUCUUGCUCUGGUUUACAGGGACCAAAAUAAGUACAAGGAGGCUGCUCAUCUUCUCAAUGAUGCCUUGGCCAUCCGGGAGAAGACCUUGGGAAAGGACCACCCUGCCGUGGCUGCUACCCUCAACAAUCUGGCCGUGCUGUACGGUAAGCGGGGCAAGUAUAAGGAGGCGGAACCGCUGUGCAAGAGGGCUCUGGAGAUCCGAGAGAAGGUGCUGGGGAAGUACCACCCAGAUGUGGCCAAGCAGCUCAACAACUUAGCUCUCCUUUGCCAGAACCAGGGCAAGUACGAGGAGGUUCAGUACUACUACCGCCGCGCCCUGGAGAUCUACGAGUCUCGCCUUGGGCCAGAUGACCCCAAUGUGGCCAAAACUAAAAACAACCUGGCCUCCUGCUACCUCAAACAAGGCAAAUACAAGGACGCUGAGGCCCUCUACAAGGAGAUCCUGACCCGAGCACACGAGAGAGAGUUUGGCUCAGUCAAUGGAGAGAAUAAGCCGAUCUGGAUGCAUGCAGAAGAGCGAGAGGAAAGCAAGGAGAAGCGCAAGGAGAAAGACAGCGCCCCCUAUGGGGAGUAUGGCAGCUGGUACAAAGCCUGCAAGGUGGACAGCCCCACAGUCAACACGACUCUGAAGAGCUUGGGUGCUCUCUACCGGCGCCAGGGAAAAUUGGAGGCUGCAGAGACGCUGGAGGAGUGUGCCCAGAAAACCCGUAAGCAGGGCAUGGACGCUAUUAACCAGAGCAAGGUUGUAGAACUACUGAAGGAUGGGAACCGCUCUGAGCACCGAUCAAACUGCGAGGGGGUCCUCAGCUCCAACAAGUGUGAAAACGGGAUUGACCCAGAAGACAGAGCGGCUGAGUGGUCCGGGGCUGGCUCCGGAGCCUUGCGACGCAGCGGCUCCUUUGGGAAGCUGCGUGACGCCCUGCGACGAAGCAGCGAGAUGCUGGUGAAGAAGCUGCAGGGGAGCAGCCCGCAGGAGCCCCGGAACCCAGGGAUGAAGCGGGCCAGUUCUCUCAACUUCCUCAACAAGAGCGUGGAAGAGGAGGCAAGCCAGGCAUCCAGUAGUCUGUCUGACAGCCGUGGCCUUAGCGCCAGCAACGUAGACCUCUCUCGGCGGAACUCUCUGCUGGCAUGAGGAUCAGCUUGGCCUGCACCUACGUUGCAUUGUUGAAGACCUGGGCCACGUCCGACCUUCUGCCUUCUCUCUCUCUCUCUCUCUCUCUCUCUCUCUCUCUCUCUCUCUCUCUCUCUCUCUCUCUGUGCUGCUCUGCCUGUGACCACUUGCCCCCAUGUCUAACAGCAGAAGAAUCGCCCACCCCCUGGUUACAGGGAUGUCCCGUCACAAUUUGCCCUGUGUGGAGCAGUGUGCACUUUCUCACACACUUUCUCACACGUGUGCAUGCACUCACGCAUGCACACACACGUGCACACACAGCCAAUGUCUUCCUCUCCACUGCAGCAUGCUGCUGUCACCCUCGUUGUUGUACUUUGCUACUGGAAAAGAAACUGUAGUUUGCUAGGGUGAGUGUGGCUCUUAACUCUGCCAUCUGCCCAUCUCCUCUGCCAGCAGUUUAGCUUCUUGUAAAGGAUAAGGUGAUCCCACCUGCACCAAGGAACCCCUAGGCUGCACUCCUCAUGCAUAUACUGUAUGCACUAUAUGUUUUUCAAGUGCCCCCUUCCUGUGAAUGCUAAGAAUGUAUCUCUUUUGGUGGGGAGGAGGAAUCUGUGUCUUUCAGAACCCUCCCCCCCCAAAAAAAAGGAAUGGGCAGAGAGAGGCUUCUUACAGUGCUCGUAAAUAAGCAAUGCUACGCCGUACUAUAGCAAACCUCUGAGAGAACUGUGCCUGGGUUGAAUUACCCAACAAUUCAGUUUGAUUUGUUUGUCCCCAGAAAAGGAAGAAUUGCAGUUCCCAGGGCACCUACAGUUACCCUUUGCCAUGUGAAGUCUCUCUUUUCCCGUUAUCGUCUUCUCCCCAUCUCUUUGCUUUGCAUUCUUGUUUUGGCCUCAGGGAAUCGCUGUUCCUUUUCAAAGUCCCAACCCCCCCUUAUGCACUUCUUCUCCCCCAUUUUUUCUCUUCUCUUCUUCUCUACCCAACCUCCCCAGUCUCUACUCUGCCUAUGUACAGCAGCCUCUUAAGAAUUCUUUCCAUAGUUGUUUUGCCGGGUCGGGGCUGUGUCAUUUGUGCACAGAACAGAUGUUGCCAGUUUUGCCCUUUCCCUCUCCAACCCCCCUAAAAUAGUUUAGGGCCAGGGUAAGAAAGCAGCUGUGGAGUCUACCUCUAGUUUCCUGUGUCAUGGAUGCUGGUGCUGUCACGCUAGCAAAACUACCACCUACUCUGUUCUAUCAACAAAACUUGAGCACAUGGCAUUUGCUGUUUCCUCUUCCUUCUGGACUGAGCAAUAGCAAGGCAUUGUGAAGCAGGAAUGACUGGCCUUCAGCGCUGGACGUUGCACUUUCUGGGUCAUUCUACACUGGACAACAAAUUUCCCUGGAAUGUUUGUCUCUGUUUCUAUCAGACCAAUGCACAGGAGUGCAGUGUAGGGGACUUUGGAUUCCAGGCAUUUUCCGUCUGCUGGGAGGAGUAUGGCAUUUGGAGCAUGAAGGUAUAGGUGAUGGACGGUGGAAAUUAAAGUUCUUCCUUGUAAUAAUCCCCAUAAAUCAGUGCUGGAAAAUAUUAGCCCAACCCCUCACUCUAUCGUGUGACCUUGUUAAAAAUCACGUUAAGACCUGUAAGCACUAUAAAUGGAGCUGCCUUAUUUCCUGGUGAAGGUUUUAAGCUGCAGCUGCAACCUGGCAUGUGUGGCAGAAGAGUAAGGAAUUUGAGCCAUUCUCUCAGUGGCAGCCAAGCUUGCCCCCUCCAUGUGACGUUGGACUUCAACCCCAAUCAGCCCUGACCAUUGGACUUGCUGAUGGGGAAUUGGGAGUCCAGCAGUGCUUGGGGGGAGAUCACCACUUCUGUUCUAAAUUGACCCACCCCUCCAGGAGAGCUUUCUCCUUUGAGUCUGCUGCUAUCCUAGAGUUUCUAGGCCAGGAUCUGUGUGCCUUUUAGUAGCUGUUUUAAGAGGUGAGCAUUUCAGUGGUUGCAAAUUCUCCAUUCUGCCUCAGUCGGGAGGCAAACUCAGCUGGCAUUGCUCCUUCCUGCACAGCUAUUAAAAAGCAUGGGUGGGGGGUCCUUGCAGUUUAAAGCUGGCGACUUUAAUUUGCCUCUUCAUUAGUUGCUCUCUUUGCUCAGUAUUUAAGCGAGAAAAUGUUAUUUAAACCAACAAAACAGACAAUAAUACAACCAGGCCCUCUCACCUGACUGUAUCCCUCUCUUUCAGGAAAGUACAUACAAAUGGGCAGGGCCCAGAGCGACUUAACAUCGAGUGAGGGGGGUGGGGGGUGGAUAACCGAUAGCUGCUCUGGGGUGGGAUGGGCUGAGAUGAAGGGAAUAAAUGGGAUGGGGCAAAUUUUGCUCUGUAUUUAAUGAUGUUGCUGUAGAAAACAUAAUAAUAAAAAAAUGAAAGCUC